AAUGGAUUGGGAGAAAUGAGAGUGUCCCAAUGUAAUAUCAGCUUGAAGAAGCAGAGGAGUCGAAGUAUCUUUAGCACCUUAUUCUGCUGCUUUCGUGACUACAAUGUCGAACCACCAUCUACCAAUAGCACCAGUGCUCUUCCUCCUUUGGUGGAGGAGAAUGGAGGACUUCAAAAGGGUGACCAGAUGCAGGUCAUGCCUAUACCAAGUGGAAUAUACUAUUUCCACGGGACUGAAGCAGUGCAGCAGUCGUUUCACUACAAGCCACCAGCUAAAUACCUCCUGCCAGAACUGACAGCAUCAGACUAUGGGAAGAAGUGUGUGGUCAUUGAUUUAGAUGAAACUUUAGUGCACAGUUCAUUUAAGCCAAUUAGCAAUGCUGAUUUCAUCGUUCCUGUUGAAAUUGAUGGAACCAUACAUCAGGUUUAUGUAUUGAAGCGACCACAUGUGGAUGAGUUUCUUCAGAGGAUGGGAGAGCUCUUUGAAUGUGUACUCUUCACAGCCAGUCUAGCCAAGUAUGCAGACCCAGUAGCCGACUUACUGGAUCGCUGGGGUGUGUUCAGGGCAAGGCUCUUUAGAGAAUCCUGUGUUUUCCACCGAGGAAAUUAUGUGAAGGAUCUGAGUCGACUGGGACGUGAGCUGAGUAAAGUUAUUAUAGUAGAUAAUUCUCCUGCAUCUUACAUCUUCCAUCCUGAAAAUGCAGUGCCUGUGCAGUCCUGGUUUGAUGACAUGACAGACACAGAGCUGCUAGAUCUUAUUCCUUUCUUUGAAGGACUAAGCAAAGAGGAAGAAGUUUACAGUAUGCUUCAUAAACUCUGCAACAGGUAGCCCUUAACUUUGACUGACUUCUGCUACUAGAUUGCAGUUGCUAGAGGCUGUCUCCAUCUUUUUCAGCUCUUUCAAAUGUAAGCUUUGGGGAGGUCACCCCUGUCAGAAGUGCUACUCUUGAUCUUCCUGUUACAUUGGACACGAAGGACAAUCAUGAGUGAUGCUAUUAAGCCUUCAGAAGCCUGACUCCUAAGGUCAUGUGUUCAGACUACUUUUUUAAAGGAAAAAAAAAAAAAAAAAAAGAAGCUAUUUUAAAUGGGACUCUUUUAAUGAAUUUCAUAAAUGGACAUCUUUUACUGGAUCAGCUUUUCUUAAAACAUGCCAAAAAAGAAGCUUGUAUUUCAGCAGUUGAAUUUCUCUCCCUUUCUUCCCCUCCCACUAUGCAGACAAUUUUACCCCCCUGCUUAGAGCAGUUGACCUGACUCUGAAUUUUUUCUUACAGAAUGAAGUGCCUUUUUGAAUGUUAUUUUAAGAUAAAAAUUCAUUUUUGUAUAAGACGUAUUUCCAGACAUCUUUUAGUCUUGUAUUGUCUAAAUGCUUUAAAAGGAAAAAGGAAAAAUUUUAUAGAGCACUGUAAUAUAUAACAAAGGAAAAAGUUGAAACAAAGAUGCUGGGUUCCUGUCUCCACAACGGCAUUAAGUUGUAUUACAUUUUGUCAUGCUCAGAAGGUUUAAGCGUUUGUGGGAGGGGUGAUUUGGGUUAAUUACAUGGUUGUUUCACUGAUACGAUUUUGGGCACAGUUUUGAACAUAUCUGCAGUUGUUUGAGUAUUAGGGAAUGAUGACGUUGAGAAAAUAAGGUGGCUAAUACAUCUAAAGCACCUUUUCUUCUAGACAGAUGAAGUUCUAUUGUCUCUGCUUACGCACAACUGCCAUGCCUCUCGUUUUUUGGAAAACCAUUAUCUGGGGAGAAUGGGGAGGAGGUCUAUUUAUUAGUUUCAGAUUCUUUUCUUAAAAAAAAAAAAAACCCAUCUGGGUAAGCUGGAUCUGUAUUGAGCUGUUUGGAGUACUUUUUUCUUUUAAUUGCUGCUACUGUAUACUCACCAAAUGGAGUUGACCAUCGGCUGUUAUACUGUUUUUGCCACUGUGCCUGUGCUAUGAAACAUUUUCUGUAAGCUGCAAACUUGGGCAAUAAAUAAAAUGCAGGCUUCAUAUCCCACCCCUAUCUAUUAAUCCUACGGUAUCAGAUAUACCAGAGAACUCAGUUAAAGGUGACCUGCAAAGGAUUUUUUAAUAGAAUUUUUUUUUUCAGUUGGGAUGAAGCCCUCUCCUUUGGUAUAUAAAAAUGCAAAAAGUAGUUUUCCCACAUCUCCAAUUUGUAUUUCUUCUUCCUCAAGGUGUUAGGUGCAGAUUGGGGGCUUUAUCGAGUCUUGCUAGAAGGGCAAAAGUUACUAGCCUAGACCAAAAGCCAUCCUCUGGCUUUGAGGUUGAGUAAGUCUCAUCUCUGAAUCUGAGAACCUGCUUAGCAUCUUCUGCAGUGUCACAGGUACCCUUUCGAAAGAAUAGCUUCUAAAUAUUUUAAGCCUUUGAAGAACAAGGCACACCUAUUUUUUUUUUUCCUUUCCAGUGUCACCUUUUAAUUAUAACUUAUAAUUAUUUUCCGCACCAGAAAUCUACAAACAUAAAAAUUUACAGCUAUGUUUGGCUGUCAUCAGCGAAAACUAAAUGGAGUAGUUGGUGCUUCUAAUUAGCCUUGUGCUAAAUUCUGAAUAGUAAAUCUCCUUUGCCUUGUCCGUUUUCCUCAAAAAGUCUUGACGACUUGGGGAAAAAAAAAAAAAAAUCUUUGCGAUGGACUGGGAUUGUCAUCCUCGUCUAAAACAUUGGUGAAGCAGCUUAACAAAUUCAUUCAUAGAAGGGCAGGCCAGCCUACACAGGCAGUGAGUAGGUUGUCGUAGGGGCAGUAUAAAACUGAAAGAUGACUUUGCCCCCUUGCAGUCCAGCCGUGCACCAGCUGCGGGCUGUGUCUCGCAGCGAGGGAUGGUAGAGGCAGUCCCGUGACGCUCGUGAGUCUGUACGGCAUCACCGUUUUGUUUUCUUACCAGUUGGCAUUACCUUAGUACUGUAUAAUUCUGUGCCACAACAAAAGACAAAACUGUCAAAUUUUAAAACCUAUGUUGUUUAAAAAAUGGGG